AUGUCAGAUAUACGCUCAAAAAGCGCCAGCUUCCUCAGCGACGCAAUCGCAGCCGCAACAGGCGGUCAAAAUGCCAGCUCGGCAGCAACACAGCUCGAGCAAGCACUGUUCGAAAAGCACCGACAGUCCACCUCGAACGACUACCGCGGCGACAUCCGAAACAUCGGCUUGACACUCAAGAAGGACAAUCCACAACUUGCGAGCGAUCUAGCAGAGGGAAAGCUAGCGCCUGGGCAACUGGUCAACAUGUCGUACGAGGAAAUGAAAACGGAGCAACAAGCAAAACAAGACGAUCAACUUCGUCAGCAAAACCUACAAGAAUCCGUCGGAGUGGACGAGCUCGAUCCGGACCAAAACAACAUGAUCACUUCAGAACAUGGUAUAUCUCGGAUGCAAGAAGGCGACAUGGAAACAUAUGGUGAAGCCGACAAGGCUUCCGAAGGCGAGUUCAAAGCAAGAGCACAACCCAAGGUCGGCGAAGCAAUGCGCGAUAUCGAGUUCGAGACAGGUGUAUGA